AUGGCUCACAUCCAACCACCGCCAGUGUUGGCCUACGGUUUGUCCAGGGCGAUGCACGCUGCAUAUGAACAACUAGGGGAUCUGCCACGAGUCUCGACAAAGACAUUUAUUGGUAUCCUCGUCGCCAUCUCGGGAAACGUGUUGAUUUCGUUCGCGCUCAACCUCCAGAAACUCGUGCACAAACGCAUUGAACAAAAGAAUAACUCGGAGGGAGUAGGAGAAUGGGAUGACGGGUCGGUUACCCCGACGCCGAUUUCUGGGAAGCAAACCGCGAACGGACAUUUCCCGCCACAGUCGCCCUUGCCAGAGGAGGCCCAGGAGGAUAUGGAGUCGGGGGAAAGGGGAGGAAAGGAUAAACGUCAGGCAGGGGAUGAAACACCUAGAGCUGAAACAUCUGCCUUUGUUGCAGAGGUUGAACCACCGGUACCCGUCCUGGCAGGGGGAAAUUAUGGUUCCGUAUUGACUGGUGAUCCCCCUGCCCAAUCGGCCCCACCACCUUCCCGCACAUUUGCCUCGCGAGUGCUACCUUUCAAACUGAAAACUCAAAGGGGGGAGAGGACAACAUCGGCUUUACCAGUAGAGGUUGUGACAGAGGAAACAGCGCUUCAUGGACUCGACAGUCGGCGGAAAUUGAAACGGAACCCGGACUCGAGGAGCUCUGUGGAGAGUAACGAAGGAGACUAUUUAAAGUCCAAACUAUGGUGGCUAGGGUUCCUCUUAAUGAACAUUGGAGAGGUUGGAAACUUCAUCUCAUACGCGUUCGCACCCGCUUCCGUCGUCGCACCACUCGGAACACGUGACCUCGCGGGCGUCGUAAUCGCAGUUAUUGGCGCUGUGACCGUCGUCCUGGCUUCCAACGCGUCAGAUACGCGACUCGAUGCCGAUCGUUUGAUGCAGGCGAUCAGGCAAAUUCCAUUUCUUGUCUUUUCUGCGGUAUACGCUGUUGGAGCAAUUAUACUCGCAACGCUUUCUCAAGGAAGUUUGGGAAGGCGCUAUGUCGUCAUUGAUGUUGGCCUAUGCGCGUUAUUUGGUGGCUUUACUGUGCUGUCUACCAAAGCCAUUUCAACACUGCUAACUACGGAAUGGAUGGCGAUGUUUACGAAAUGGAUAACAUAUCCCCUCAUUCUGAUUUUGGUCGGAACGGGCGUUGGCCAAAUACGAUAUCUCAACAGGGCGCUAAUGCGUUUCGAUAGCAAGAUGGUUAUCCCCAUUCAAUUCGUUCUGUUCACUCUCUCUGCGAUCGUCGGUUCGGCUAUUCUCUAUGGAGAUUUCAAGAAGGCGCAAUUCCACCAGAUCGUCACCUUCCUAUACGGUUGCGCUGCCACCUUUACUGGGGUGUUCAUUAUCGCGUGGGCCCCCAACGACGAACAGAGCAUGACCGACAAUCCCGAUGUUAGGGCGGCAGACGAUGUGAACGCUGUUCUUGGAAGCCCUGAUCAAACUCGCCUGGGACUUGGAACAAUUGGGCGUAGAAGGCGCGCCACCUUAGUGCUUCCUAGCGGUGUUCGGGACACACCUAGCAUUCGUCACAAGCGCAGCACGCUCGGCAUGGGCAUAUCACCUGCACAACAUCUGUUGUUGGUCCAUACCCCUCCAGGGGAUCUCCCUCUUUCAUCGCAAAUGCGAGAGGAUGGAUUGAACGACACUGAUACUGAGCUAGCUCGUGAAUUAAUUCUCAUAGUAGUCAACAUGGCUUCCCGUUUGCACGAGGUUCCUGCAAGCAUGUCUGGCGACGUCGACGUCGAAUGGAAUGUUUCCAUCCGCAGGCUGAGCUCUUUGCGACGUACAGGGUGUUCGUCGAUGCCAGUCGGACAUUGCCCGAGAAAGCGUCAGACCUCGAAAACCCCAAUGGAACUCCCUUGGCACCUUCGCGUCAUUCUCGACGUCAGCUUCCUGAAGGCAACCUUCUCGCGUCCUUGUCAACCGUCGAUGGUUCCAGUUCUCAAACGUCAAGCCCUUUGGGCCACAGAUCCCUGGGGAUAUUCUGGGAAUAUAGCCUGCAGAUAA